GGGUUCGUCGCUCUGCCUUCACGUGACGCCUGUCCGUGGCCUCCGCGGCCCUCUCCGCGGCGUGCGCCCCCUUCCGCCUGACGCGCCCCCGGCGGCGGCCGCGCAGCCCUGGCUCCUCGCGGGCUCGGGCGGCGGCUGCGGCGGGGCUAUGGCGAGCGGCGGUGGCGGUGGUAACACCGGCGCGGGUGGGGGCCCGGGGCUGGGCCUGAGCUUCGGCCUGGGCCUGGGUUUGAGCCUGGGCAUGGGUGAGACCACCAGCGAGGCGGAGGAGGAGGCGGCCACGGCCGAGGCGGUGGGACGCCUGGCCACAACGCUGUGGCUGCGGCUCCGCGGUUGGGAGGCGGUGCUGGCGGCAGCGCAGCGGCUGUUGGUGUGGGAGAAGCCGCUGCACAGCCUGGUCACGGCGGCCGCACUCAACGGCCUCUUCUGGUUGCUGUCUUCGUCCUCCCUGCGGCCCUUCUUCCUGCUCAGCAUCUCACUUUUGGCCUAUUUUCUGCUGGAUCUCUGGCAGCCUCGCUUCCUCCCUGACAUCUCAGCAUCAUCUCCAGAGGAGCCACACUCUGACAGUGAGGGUGCGGGGUCAGGCGCCCGGCCGCACCUGCUGAGUGUGCCCGAGUUGUGCAGAUACCUGGCUGAGAGCUGGCUCACCUUCCAGAUUCACCUGCAGGAGCUGCUGCAGUACAAGAGGCAGAAUCCAGCUCAGUUCUGUGCUCGCGUCUGCUCUGGCUGUGCUGUGCUGGCUGUGCUGGGACACUAUGUUCCGGGGAUUAUGAUUUCCUACAUUGUCUUGCUGAGUAUCCUGCUCUGGCCCCUGGUGGUUUAUCACGAACUGAUCCAGAGGAUGUACACUCGCCUGGAGCCCCUGCUCAUGCAGCUGGACUACAGCAUGAAGGCGGAAGCUGACGCCCUGCAUCACAAACACGACAAAAGGAAGCGGCAGGGGAAGAAUGUACCCCUCGGAGGUGAUGAGCCACUGGCAGAGACAGAGAGUGAGAGUGAGGCAGAACUGGCUGGCUUCUCCCCAGUGGUGGAUGUGAAGAAGACAGCACUGGCUUUGGCCAUUACAGACUCAGAGCUGUCAGAUGAGGAGGCUUCUAUUUUGGAAAGCGGUGGCUUCUCUGUAUCCCGGGCAACAACUCCACAACUAACUGACGUGUCAGAGGAUUUGGACCAGCAGAGCCUGCCAAGUGAGCCAGAGGAGGCCCUGAGUCGGGAGCUGGGGGAGGGAGAAGAGACAGACCUGGCCCCUCCGGAAGACCUGCUGGGCCCCGCUCAGACCCUCUCAAGGCAAGAUCUGGACUUGGAGGAGGAAGAAGAUGUGGCAUCCAAGGAAACCUUGCUUCGGCUCUCAUCCCCCCUUCACUUUGUGAACACGCACUUCAAUGGGGCAGGGUCUCCCACAGAUGGAGUGAUGCUCUCCCCUGGAGGACCAGUGGAGACACUGAGCCCAGAGGCAGUGAGUGGUGACCUCACCACUCCACCCAGCACCCUGUCACCCCUACUUUGCCUUGCUGAAAGUGACCGUGUCCCUUCCCCCUCAGUACUACCCCCUCUGCCCCAGGACUCACCCCAGCCCCUGCCUGCCCCCGAGGAAGAAGAGGCACUCACCACUGAGGACUUUGAGUUGCUGGAUCAGGGGGAGCUGGAGCAGCUGAAUGCAGAUCUGGGGUUGGGGCCAAAGACAUCCCCAGAGCCCCCUGAUGCUCCACCCCUAGGGCCCGAUACCCCGUCUCUGGUACAGUCAGACCAAGAGGCUCAGGCCAUGGCAGAGCCAUGAGCCACGGGGGAAAGAGUUGCAGGCACAGUAAGGCUUCCUGGCUAGGGAUGUCACUGUUUCCUCCUUUCCCUAUUACCCUCGGGGGGAGCAGUACGUGGGGAAGCUGGCUAUCAGAUGGAGCCAGUCCACCCUCCACCUGCCUGCCUGCCUGCUGUCCCGGGCCUGGUACAGUACCUGGGAUGGGUUUUAAGUUUGUAAAUAACUUUACAUCUGGGUUAGUGGAUGUGAACAGGGCUAGGGGAGUCCUUCCCCCUUGCCUCCCUGCCUCAACUCUAGUUUCAUUCCACGAUGCCCCAAGCCCUGGUGGUCUGUCCCUUUCUUUUUUCUCCUAUCCUCAGGGACCUGUGCUGCUCUGUCCUCGUGUCCCACUUGGUUGUUUAGUUCAGGCACUUUAUCAUUUUCUUCUCCUGUCCCACACUCCUCUGCUUUAUUUCCCUGCUGUGUCCUGUCCUUAGCAGCUCAAUGCCCACUCUUUGCCAGCUCCUCCUUCCCAGCAGGCCCCAGCUGAGCUUCAGGGAGGCUCCUGUCUGGGAGAUACAGACGAAACCUGGGGUGGUGGGUCAGGUCAGUAGUUACGCACUUAGGUCACUGUAGCCUGUGUAACCUCUGCUGCACCCUUGCCCUAGUUCAUCCUGGCCUUUCCCAAUACAGGAUGAAAGCAGGGAUCCCACAGCACAUGCGCCAGCACUGCGUUAGUGAGCAGGAGCUCUGUCUUGUGAGGCAAGGGGCUUUCUUAGGGAGGAAUAAGACCUGCUUCUCUGGGCCAUGGUCCAAGUGUGGGACCCCCUACUAGGGUCAGGAAGUGGACAGUAACAUCUGUGCAGGUGUUGACUGGAAAAAUAAAGUGUUGAUGGCUA